GUGGCAGUAGUGCAGACCCUGCCAGAGUGGAGAGUUUGGAGCGACAAAGAAAAACAAAACAACAAACAAACACCAUCGUCAACAACAACAAAGACUCGGCUGAUUAUAUAACAUUUGGAUAACAAAUCGCGGAUGUACACGCAGCAAUAGAGCAUGGCACACUGGUCCCUGCACUGUCUCCUUGCCCUGUGCUGUAGUGCCAGUUGCAGUUGCAGCGACUGUCGCUCCACCCUCUGCCACUAAGAGUCAUGCUGUCGGGCAGCUGGCGUCGGAGUCCCGUGGGCCCCACCCGUAGCCUCCCUGUGGGCAGGGGCUCAAUGGUGGGUGGAACCACCAUACUGGAAGCCCUGUACGACUACUCGUACCAUGGUGUGGAUGGCCGGAUGAUCUCCAUACAGGAGGGGGAGCGCUUCACUCUGCUGAAGAAGGCCAACUCCGACUGGUGGCAGGUGCGCAGGUUCGGAACGGGCACCAAGGGCAAGGCAUUGUACGUACCUGCCACCUACGUCCAGGAGGUGCCCAUCUCCAUGCUGGACCUGUCCAGGCCUGGUGGACAGACCAAAGCCCUACCUACUGGCACCAGGCUGGUGGGACGCGGGUCACUCUCCCCGUGCUCGCAGACCCAGUGUUUAGUGACCACUAAAGCGUUCUGCCGCUCCAUGGAGGACCUGAACUGUAAUGGUGUCAUCCCAGAGCUGCAUGUGGCACAACUGGGUGAAGCUGGGGGAGCCUGCCCUAUCAUGUCCCGCUCAGACACCUCCACCUCCUCCUCGGGUCAGCCCGUGGUGCAGCCGGGACCAACCGGCCUAAUUCCACGCAGCCAGAGCUCCAGCGACCUGCCCCACAACCCUUACAAGGAGGGCCGGCAACCUGGGAAGAGUGCAGCAGGCCCCGGCAGGUUCUACAGCCAGUGGGACAUGGCGAAUACCGCACACAGGCACACAGACGGACAAAUCCAGGCCUACAUCUCCAAAAGUCCAUUGCCAGAGCAGGAGCGAAAACAGUGUGCAGAGCCCCCCUGUCCUCUGCCGGACCAGAAGCCCUUGCAGUUGCUGCAAAUGUGGGAGCAGUACCGAGACCCAGCCUCCGGCCGCUAUUACUAUGUCAACACCCUUACCGAGGAGCGCUCAUGGAAGCCACCACGCAGAGUUCACCAGAGCAAUUAUAUACAGUACAUGGCUACAGUAACGCAAGCUGAGACUUUCUCACGUGACUCCAACCACCUGUCACUUCCUCUACACAGCUCAGGAAGAAAGCCAACGCAUAGGCUCUUCUCUGACUUCACUUGCAGUUCCCGGAAUGCCAACAACUGGCAGCUGAGUCAGAUCAUGCAGCGAGCAGCAUCAUCAGAUGCACUAAUUUCUGCCUCCUUCAGCAAUGCUGACACCCAGCACAGAAACUCUGCUUUAGAAGGGGGCGGGGGGCACAUCAGCCACUCCUACCCCAUGAUGCUGCCUCCCCAAGCAGACAUGAUAUCUUCCAAUGGCCAGUCCGAGUACCCAGUGUUGAUGGAGUCACCUUCUACUGACAGUUCCCCAGAUAGUGAUGGUGGAAUGACACCGGAGCUUGAAAAAGCAGGUCUGCUCAACAAGACCAAGAUAGCAGAAGGUGGCAGGAAGCUGAGGAAAAACUGGAACCUGUCCUGGGUGGUGUUGGUAGGGAACAGUCUUAUGUUCUUUAAAGAUCCCAAAACCCAAAGUCCUGAAAUCUGGAAACCGGGUAACAGUUGUCCAGAGAGCAGUGUGGAUUUAAGAGGGGCUAAGCUGAACUGGGCCAAUGACCUUUCCAGCAGGAAGAAUGUCUUCAAGCUAAGGACAGUUACAGGGAAUGAGUUUUUGCUACAAUCAGAGACAGUCUCUUUGAUCAGUGAGUGGUACACAACAAUUCAAAAAGUCAUUGACAAAUUGGAUAAAGACAAUCCUCUGGACAAUGUGUUACUGUAUUCACUGAGGAGAGCAGGCUCCAUGGAAAUGCUGGAUCAGAGUGGAGAUGAGGAAGAGAACCGUACAGGAUUCAGGACCACACUCCCUCGCUCUGUAUCUAAUUUGGAGAAUUCGGAGCGGAAGCGUGUGAAGAACCGUCUGAAGAAACUCAUAAUGAGAAGACCUCCAUUGCAGGCACUACAGGAGAAAGGUCUUAUCAAAGACCAGGUGUUUGGCUGUUCUUUGGAGGUGCUGUGUGAGCGAGAGAAAAGUACAGUGCCACGAUUUGUUCGAAAGUGCACAGAAACAGUAGAGAAGAAAGGUUUAGACACAGAUGGCAUCUACAGAGUCAGUGGGAACCUGGCAGUGAUCCAGAAACUACGCUUUGCUGUCAACCAUGAGCGAGCGGUGUCUACAGAUGGACGCUAUCUCUUCCCAGAGCAUUUAGUGCAAGUGGAGCACGUGGACCUGGAAGACCCACAGUGGGAGGACAUCCACGUGGUCACUGGAGCCCUGAAGCUCUUCUUCAGAGAGCUGCCAGAGCCACUCGUCCCUUACAGACUCUUUCACGACAUGGUCGAGACUGUCAAGAUUUCAGAUUACUUGGACAAGGUAGACCGGAUGAAGUCACUGGUCAUCAGCAUGCCAUGCCCCAACCGUGACACAAUGAGACACAUGUUCCAUCACCUUAAGCGGGUGAUGGAACACUCGGACAGCAAUCGCAUGACAACGCAGAACAUUGGGAUUGUCUUUGGACCAACUCUGAUGCGGCCGGAAAGUGACUGUGGAAACAUAGCCAUUAACAUGGUCUAUCAGAACCAGGCAGUGGAACUCAUCCUCACUGAAUGCGAGCAGAUCUUUGGACCUGAGUCACCACAAUCUCUCUGACACUGUUGAGGGGCAAAGACAGCCGCGGAACCUGCUCGUUGUGAACCAAAAAUGACCUGAACUCAGAAAGGCUGCGGCACAAGGUUAACUCCAUGGAUCUGCAGAACUAUGUAUGCCUGUAUGUCAUCCUGGUGGGUGGGUGUGUGGGUGGACAGGUGGGUAGAUGGAACUGCUUGAGCAAAAAUCAGCCAGUUGUCAUAUAGUGUGUGCAUAAUACCAAAAAAAAAAAAAGAAGCAAAUCUUAAAGACGUGCGUGUGCAUGUGUGUGCGUGCGUGUGCGUGUGUGUGUGUGUGUGAGAGAGAUGUCUCAAGUGUUUUUUAUUGUGUUGGACAACUACAGAGUCUUUGGGAAAGCCAAAGAUCAUAGGUGUUGCCAAAAAUGACAUUAGGUAGAUGAAGUAUAUUCCCAGUAAGCACAAGCAUGAGCACAGGUCAAAGGUUUACCAUGUUCACAUGGUCACCUGUACUUGACUCUUUUUAGGAAAGUCAAAAUGAUUCAGUGUAAUUCAACAUACUCUGUAAUCCCACUUUCCAUUGUUCCAUUAGUAUCGUGUGCGCGGGUGUGUGCACGUGCACGUGUGUGUGCACGUGCGUGUGUGUGUGCACGUGUGCAUGUGUGUGUGUGCGUGCGUGUGCGUGAUAGCAGUGCAGAGGUAUAUUCUAUAUGUUGCUCACUGAUGGGGUAGAUUUCUUUGCCACUAUUGGUCCAAAUCUCUGCUUUUAAUAACAGAACAAAGGAGCAGCUAAAAUUGCAUAUGUUUAAAAAAUGUUGAGUACACCGCCCACCCUCCAGCACCAGAGCUUUGGUAAUUUUAUAUUGACUGUGGUUUGGCAGGAGACAAGAAAGAGCGAGAGAGACGAAAAAGAACAGAGAAAGCAUGCAUGGAUUAUAAUGUUAGAGUUUAUAUAUUUAUUUUUAUUUUCUUAUUAUUGCAGUAGGAGACGUGGGGAAUCUGGAGAUUACUAAAGCAUUUCAAGCUCAGAUCUACUGAAAUCUUGCUGUUAUUAUUUUCUAACAAUGCUCAGAUGUAGUUUAAGCAACUGUUGUCCUUCGCUUCACACUGAUGUGACUUACUCAUGUCUUCUCCAUGUCAACAGUGUUUUACAAACUGUGUUCUGACUGAAGUAACCUUUAAAGCCAGCAUCUUAUAGCCUACAGAGGUAAAACAUAUGCAUGUCCCAUGUUGGACUUAUCACAAUAAAUCUGACUAGCUCAACAGGA